GUCUUCCCAGUGCAGAUGAACCCCAUCUCUCAGUCGCAGUUCAUCCCUUUGGCCGAGGUCCUCUGCUGCGCCAUAGCGGAUAUGAAUGCGGCUCACGUCGUGGUGACCCAGGAAUCCCUGCUGGAUCGGCUGGUGAAGCACUACCCAGGCAUCGCCAGCCCUUCGCAAGACGUCCUCCACGCCACGCUGGGCGGCCUGAUCAAAGAAAGGAAGAUCUACCACACCGGGGACGGCUACUUCAUCGUUACGCCGCAGACGUACUUCAUCACACACGCGGCCCCCCGCGAGAAGAGGGCCGCCCUGGAAGAGGGUCACGAGCUGCCGCCGUCCGUCACGUAUCUGGUCAGUAUGGACAGCCCGGCAGAAUUCGCCAAAGAAAACGUGGCCAGCCCGUCUCACUGCAAGUCGUGCCGCUGCUUCCCCGACCCGUGUCCGGGCGAGGGACUUGGGCCCCCGGCCGCGGGGGAGGCCGGCCGCCGAGGGCAGAAGAAGCCGGGGGACGCCGGGGCGACGGCGGAGGACGUCCGGCUCCUCUGCAGCGGGGCCGGGCCGGGGCCGCACCCUCCGCCAAGGACAAGGAGAAGAGCAGGAGGUUCGGGCUGCCUCUUCUGGCGCCAGAGGUCCAGAAAAGAGAGGCCCAAGAAGGACCACAGGACGUUCUCUGCCCAGUUCCCACCCGAGGAGUGGCCAGUCCGAGACGAGGAGAACUUGGACAACAUUCCUCGGGACGUGGAGCACGAGAUCAUCAGACGCAUCAACCCCGAGCUGACCGUGGACAACCUGGUCAGACACACGGUCCUCAUGCAGAAGAAGCACACGAGCCAGGGCACCUCCACGGAGCCGGGGCCGGCCGCACGCCCGCCGCCCGCGAAGGCCGGGGGCAGGAGACGCCCGAGUCGGUCGGGCAGGCAUCGCAGGAGGGGGCCCCGGAGCCGAGAGAGGGCCAGAGGCCGGGGCCACGGGGGCUCCCAGGCCAGCCUCGCCAGGCCGGAGGCUCUCUCCGGGCGGCUUCCCGAGGAGGCCGAGCCCAGAGCCAGGACCCCCGAGCAAGAGCCGGCUCGCAGGGCCCCGGGAGGCCCGCAGGGAGCCGACCCGCCUUUUAUCUACAAGAAGAGAAUCAGCAACCCCUUCCCCGGCUUUCCUCCCAUCAGAGGCUACAAGGCCCAGAAGGACGGUGAGCCCAGAGCCAAGCGGCCCGGGAAGCCCCGACGCUCCUUCCAGAGGUCGAGGUCUUUGGAUGCCUCGAGAAACGUGGACAGCGAAGCCCAACGGCCAGGCCCGGCGCAGCCCAAAGACGAGGCAAAACCACCCACUGCUGGUCACUCGUCCGUCCGGCCUGUCGCCAACCACUUCCAAGAGUGCCUCUCCGAUGACUCGCCGAGCGGCGUCCGUCCCUUCGGAGAAAGCCGGUCUGCCCGCGCGGGCCAAGACAAGAGGGUCCCUGACGUCCGGUGGAAGAGCCACGCCUGCGCCGAUCGUCUUGGGGAGACUCACCCCGAAACCCAGCCUCGCUCGAGGUCGUGGGCCUCCGGCUGCGGGCUCGCCGACCAGGCCGUUGUGCGUCCCUUCCAGAAUCUCAGCCUUCUGGACCAUCACCCAAGACAGCCCGAGAGGCUCAAUAGAGACCCCCCGAGAGAGCCGGCCGGGACGGCUUUCGUGAGAUGUUGGGAGGACGAGAACGAAGGCUUCACGGAGGACGACGAGCCGGCUCUGUACCAGAAGGACGCCGAUGGCGGCGACGAGAAUGCCUGCAGCUCUCUGGAGGAGGAGGAGGAGGAGGAAGAGGAGGAAGAGGAGGAGGAGGACGGCUUUGCUGAGAGCCGCAUCUUGUGUCCAGCUCGGCCAGGCCGCAUCCCCUAUUCCUUCACAGAUGGGAGCCUGUGGGACUGUCUAGGGAGAGCUAAUGUGGCCGAGGGCCCCCCGGGCCGCUGGAGCGUGAGUGGCGACCCGGCCGAGUACGGCGGCCAAAUACCCAGGUUUGAGCCUCAAACUUCCGAAAGAAUCGCUUAUUGCAGAGCCGCUGGCUCGCCCACGGAGGCAGACGGCCGCCGGAAGAUGCACUUCUCAGGGGAAAGCCGCGGCCUCCGUCCCUUUGGCUGUGGCCCAGAUGAGGAGGCCGCCACUGCCCAGAGGGCCGGGCUCUCCUCGGAGCUCGCCGAAGGCCGUCUACGUCUACUCGAGGAUUACGACUCCGAGGCGGAAACGUUGCAGAACUCCGCUGGGGAGAGGGGAGACGCCCCGGCCGGCUGGGCUCGGGGGCCCCAGGCCGAGGAGGCCAGGAAACAGGGCCGGCAGCAGCCGGAGCUCUUCGGUGACCUGCGGAGGCCCGUCCUGGCUCCACGCGACCAGCAGGAGCGGCAGCAUCUAGAAGGAACCGAAAACCACAGUCUGACCGGAGACAGCGGAAUCGAUUCUCCUCGGACACAGAGCCUGACAUCUAAUAAUUCUGUCAUUCUGGAGGGGCUAAAGAGAAGACGAAGUUUCCUACAGAACUUUGAAGGCAUAAACAGCACGAGGAACAGACCGAUGCUCACAUCCAAUUCCCUGCUCCAGCUGACUCCUGUAAUAAAUGUCUGA